AAAAAAAUGAAGAUGGGGAGACAGUUAUUGUUGAAAAAGACCAUUUUAUGGAUGACUUUUUCCAGCAGGUUGAAGAACUUAGAAAUAAUAUAGCAAAAAUAGCACAGAACGUGGAAGAAGUGAAGAAGCAGCACAGCAUUAUCCUGUCAGCACCAAAUCCUGAAGGAAGAACAAAGGAAGAACUCGAAGAAUUAAAUGAAGAAAUAAAGAAGACUGCUAAUAAAAUCCGAGCCAAGUUAAAGACUAUUGAACAAAGUUUUGAUCAGGGCGAGAAUGCUAAUCGGACAUCAGUGGACCUCAGGAUACGGUAAACACAGCACUCGGUAUUAGCUCGCAAGUUUGUGGAGGUCAUGACAGAAUAUAACGAGACUCAAAUUCUUUUUCGAGAACGCAGCAAAGGUCGGAUACAGAGACAAUUAGAAAUAACUGGAAAGACCACCACUGAUGAGGAACUGGAAGAAAUGUUAGAGAGUGGUAAUCCUUCAAUUUUUACUUCUGAUAUUAUAUCAGACUCUCAAAUUACUAGACAAGCUCUGAAUGAAAUUGAGUCACGACACAAGGAUAUUAUGAAACUGGAAUCUAGCAUACGAGAACUACACGAAAUGUUUAUGGACAUGGCUAUGUUUGUUGAGACUCAGGGUGAAAUGAUCAACAACAUAGAAAAGAAUGUGAUGAAUGCAUCAGAUUACGUGGAGCAUGCUAAAGAAGAGACAAAAAAGGCAGUUAAAUAUCAAAGCAAAGCACGAAGGAAAAUAUGGAUAAUUAUCAUUGUGUCAUUGGUGUUGAUUGCCAUAAUUGGUCUAAUUAUUGGUUUGUCUGUUGGUGUUCGGUGAUGCUUGGAUAACUUCAGCAUGCAUGCCUUCCUGCCACUGUGGCAAAAGUGAUGUUCAUAAUUAUAUGUGUAACUGUCUUGCUUCUGAUACUUGGGAUUAUCCUAGCAACAACACUAUCAUAACAAGCACAUUCCAAGAGUCAUGAACCUUCAGAAACUCAAAAAAUCAUCUUCAGUAAAACCAAACAUUUUUCGUAAAAGAUGCCUUACACUGUUGCAUGAUAGUGACCUAUCACUAAUGGUUAAAAUGAAAAGAAAAUCACUCUUGAUGUUUGCUCAUAAUUGAAGAUCAAAAUGUAUGAGGAUACGUAUGGAUUUUCAUUAUAAAAUAUAAGUUUGUAAGACUGAAACUUGUUCUUAAUUGUUUUGAACUAAAGUAAUUUAAUUUUUUUUUAUCUCAGUGUUAUCAGCAGUUUAGGGAGUUGAGAGACAAUACACUGAACUUUGACUGUUUGGCUUUUUUCCCCUCUAUUGCUAAUAUCAUUCUAAUUAAGAAUUUUAGUACCGUAUCAGUGCUGCUUUUGUUAGCACUCUUGUGAACAUUUUUAUAAGAGAUGCAGUUAUGUCCUUAAAUAUAAUAAAUAUUCAGUCACCUUAACCUAAAAAUUCUUUUUGCAACAAGUGCUAAAAUAUUUUUAUCCUAAAAAGACUAGUUAGUUAGUUAACUAUCUGCCUAUUGCAUUACUCUUUUUAAAGCUUUUUUUUAAACUUCCAAAAUUUUUUUUCAACAUGACUAGGGUUAACUGCUUUAAAUAUUUCUUUGCCUGUAUAAUCAAAAAGAUAGUUGUGAUGCUUUUUGGUUUAAAAAAAAAAAAAAAAAGCAAUAAUGAAGCACACAGAAUUUGAACUUUAGCAGGUAAUUUUACAAAUAAUCCCUUUUGUGUAAAUGGAACCGAUGGAUCCAUUUAGCCUUACUGCUCGUAUGAAUGACAGAAAUCACACUUUUUCCUAUACAAAGCCAAAUCAAGAUUUCAUUUUCAGAAGGCUGCUUAUGUUAGUGUGUGAAUAUAGCACAUAGGGACAAAUAAACCCCCUCAGAAAACUCCCAAACAUAAUGCAAACUAAGACACUGAUUUGUUAUGAAACUUAUGAAUUAUAUAACAUAUAUGAAGUGUUUUAGUGUAUACAUCUGUUGUGAUGAUAGCUUGCAAAGCUUCGAAGACUUCAAAUGUAACCAAAUAACUACAGUUAAUGUUAUAGGUUAUUUUUGUAUUUUAUCUUCUGUAUAAAAUAUUUGUAACUUGAAUUUUUGAUUUCUCAUUAUUGUUCAAGGAUAUCCAUGUAGAUAUGUAGAUAUAUUGACAAUGUAAGAGAAAUAGAGAAAGUAUAAUAGAUGCCUGUAUGAACAGUCUACAACUACACUUGUCAAUGUUUCCAGAUACUAUUUCAACUAUAGAUAAUGUUAACUGCAAUAAUUCUGUUAUAAAUGGUUAGAAUACUUAAACAUAUGUUUUGUUGCAAGUGUCUGAGAUCAGAAUUACUCACUAAAAUAUAAUGCAGUCCGUUUGAUUUUCUUCAUGAAGUUCAGUAAGGUUUACAAUGUGUAUUGUACGUAUGAAUACUCCUGCUUUUGCUGCCCAAAUAUACUGUGAAUAUACUGGAUCUAUUGAGAUGUCAAAUACGUAGACAAGCUUAUUAUUUGUCUUUUUCAAGCCAGCAAGAAGUCUCUUGAAAACCGUGAGCUUCUAUAAUGAACAGAUUUCUUUACCUCUAAGUCCAGAACACUCACCAAUGGUUGUGAGUAGGUUUACAUACAAAGUAAGGAGAGAUUGUUUGACUUAACUCAUUCUAAGCAAAAUAUAUUUUAUUCUAUAGUUUUCUAGAUUUUUAUCAAUAGAUAUUAUUUAUAGAUAUACACAAAUAAGCUCAAAGAAAAAAAUCGGUUUUGCUGUCUAAUUGCUGGUUAUCUAAAAUGGCCCCCAAAAUCCAGUCAUGUUGAAUUUUCUGCUUAUAAUGCAAGAGUUUGCCCAGCUAGACCAGAAAUUUGAAUAGGCCACUUGAUACUUUUUUUACUUGUUAUAUAGCUGCCUCAGAAUUUGUUUUUUCACAUAGACCUCUCUUCUUGUUGCCGGGUUUUUUUCCCCCCCGUUAAUUUUGGAGGGAGGAAAUCUCUAACCUAUGCAUUAAUAAAUUUAUCUAAGUAAGUGUCUUGUGACUUUUUAUAUGUAUGAUAUUAUUGUGAUGUGUGUUAAUAUUUCCAGUAAAUGUUUAAAUAAGGCUAGUAUGUUUUAAUAACGCUGGUAUGUUUUUGUAAACAAAUGUCCAACAAUUGAUAUCUGGGCCUUAGAAUAGAAGUUUUAAUAGUGUGUUUCCUGAAACUCUUAAUCAAAGAAAGUGUAGAAAUUAACAAAUCAGGUGUAGAGAUGAUACUAAGUUAAUGGGAUUUACUCAUGUAAAGUUAGUUCCCAUAGAAUUUUACUUCAGCAUUAAAAUGAAAAAUUGAAAAAUAUGGGAGUUAUUUAUUGGAAUAAAGCUAUUCAUGUAUUCUCA